AUGGAACCUACAAACAAAGCAGCACUCGACUGGAAUCGCUGUCCAGCAGACAUCUUGUACCUAGUAUUCAAGUUGCUGUCGUCAGCUGAACUCCAUGCACUUUGCCUUGUGGGUCAUAAGUUCCGGGCAAUCGCUGAGCCGCUACUUUACUCGAAGAUUCAGUUCAUUUGGGAAAAGAGACUGCAUUUCUCAAGCCUUGAGGCCCCUCCGCCCAUCACUCAGCUUUUACGGACUCUUCUUUCCAAGCCUCAGCUGGCGACUCACGUCAAAAGCCUUCAGUUAGAUGGUUUUGCGUGGGCCGGGCAUGCCUCUCGAUUUAAACUACCCAAGAUUCACAUCCCCGAAGAUCAGCUGGACGAGCCUAUCGCGUUCAUCCGACGGACCGGAGUCCCAUACAUUGACUGGUGGAGUCAGGAACUCCGUGAUGGCUCAGUUGAUGCUCUUGUUGCGCUGCUUUUAGCACAGCUGUCCAGUCUGCGAUAUCUAUAUCUGGGCUAUGCUUUUACACGGCAAUGUGCUCUUACUGGGAUAGUGCUCCGUUCAGCAAUUUGCGAGUCUGGGACUUAUAAGCUAGGCAAUUUUCAGCGUCUUGAACAACUGUCAUUCCUUCAUCGUGAGUCUAUGGACGAAGCAUGUGACAGGAAAUUCAGGAAUACCGCAGCUAUCUUGCCGUUCUUCUAUCUACCAAAUCUUCAACACGUGUCCGCCUCCAUUGACAACCCGGAUAAGUGGGCAUGGCCCGCACCACACGCUCCUGUCCCAUCAAAGCUUAAAUCCCUUGAUUUGAGGACUAUCCGAGAAGGAUGUCUAGGGGAACUCCUUGCUGUGACUAAGAACCUUGAAACUCUACGCUGGAAGUGGUAUUAUGAAUCACACCUCGGGGACUUUAUUACCCAGACUGUGGACCUUGAUCAGAUCGCUACGGAGCUAUCUCAUGUUCGAGGGACUCUAACGGAUUUGAUUAUUACGGCUGAUUGCCAGCCUGGAUACAAUGAUCAGUUCUUCCCUGGGUUAGAAGCGGUGGGCUCUUUGAAAGGUUUGGUCAACUUUGACCUGAUCAAGACACUCCAAAUUCCCUGGGCGUUCCUGGUGGGAUUCGCACAGGAUGAGACGAAACGACUGCAGGAUGUUAUUCCUAGAAACAUCGUAUUCCUGACCAUCACGGAUGACCUCGCGCUACAAAAUAGCGAUUACCUGGAAGAGGAGUGGCCGUUAUGGGAAUGGAAGGAUUACGCCAUCCUGGGCUUAUUGGAGUCAUGGCUGAGGGAGUGGACACGAUGGACACCGCAUCUUAGUCGCAUUACUCUGCUGCUAAGUUGGAUUGAUACGGAUACAAAUCAAUGGUCGCCUAGGGCGAGAGAGCAGCUCAGGGAUUUGAGUGCUCAAGUUGGCAUCCCACUAGAGUUCAUCAACACAAAGCAUCGAUAG